AUGAAAAAAAAUUUAUCUGACUUCUUGUCUUGCAUUUCAUUACCUUCACUGCAGGUCAAGAGAGAGAAGAGGAAGUACCGUUGUCGUAAAAGAAGCCCGGCCACAAUUGAAAGAGCUCGCAUGAUACGAAGAGAUAAGGCAAAUGCUCGUGAACGGCGUCGCAUGAACAACUUGAACGACGCAUUGGAACAUCUGAGAACGAUUCUCCCCGUCGUGCCCGACGAACCAAAGUUGACAAAAAUUGAAACAUUGCGAGUUGCUCAGGGGUACAUUACCUACUUGUCGUCCAUAUUGGGAAACGAAAGCUAUCCUUCUACAGCGGAGAACACUCCUUACACAAGCCCAGCAUAUCCUCAGCUAGUAUGGCAAAACAACUCGGCUAAGCAGUAA